GUCAACUUCUGUGUUUACCAACCCAGGGUAAAAUAUUGCACUCUUAUCGUAACCUGAUCAAAUUUUUCCUAAUACUUGCGGAUUUACCGUUGUAACGGGUAGAUCGUGAGAAAAAAAUUUAGUUUUAACUUUAAACAAGGGAUUUAUAACUUGUUAAGGUGUUCCGUCAGGCCAACAUUUAAACUCAAGCAGUGUGGUUUUUAGCUAUCUGUUGAUCUUUCCGAUUGUCUAAACUGAAGAUAUUAUCAGUACUCUAUAGUUUUAUAUGCUUUUCGUUAGUGGGCCGAACUGUCAUUAAAGUGGUAGGUAUAAAUUUGACGUCAUGUUCAGACAAACUCUCCAAUCAGAGACGAGAAUUAUGUUUGAGUAAGGAAUAUGCUUCAACUGGUGUCACAUGAUGGUUCAUCAUUUUGCCGGAAAGUCAGGAACUACAAAAGUAUCAGGAAUACAUCACUUUUCAUCAUGUUACAUAACUGUGAACGAGAGUUGACAUCGGAGGUCAAACGACAUAUUUACAAUUUAUCAGAAACAUGCCGAAAAAUCUUAGAGAUUACAAUUUUAAACAGUGGAAAUAAGUCUUAAAGUAUGAUUUAAGUUAUUUAUUAAAAUAUAUAAAGUUAUUAAAUUGUAAUGUAGAAAAUUAUAGUAACCUGGCGUACAAGUAGACACUGUCAAAGUCUGUAAACGCCAAAUCAUAAGUACACGGAAUGCUUUCAAAUAGGAUAAUUAACAAUACUCUAACUGGAUAUUUUGUCUUGUUCUUACUAAUUGGUUCAUCAUUACAAUGUGGCCCUACCCGAGGACCUGGAAGGCGGCGGAGGCCGGGUAAAAUGACAGUUCUUGUUUAUAAGCAACAUGUUCCGAAUGUCUCAGAAAACACAAUUGGUGCAAGUGGAGUUCCAGAAGGAAAAAUUUCACGAAAUGAUCCCAGAUUUAAAGAUCUUGUGAAAAAUGAAAAUCCCAACAUCAUAUUCAAAGACGAAGAAGGAACCGGUUCUGACAGAUUAAUGACACAGAGAACCAAAGACAAACUACAAGCGCUUGCUGUCUCAGUGAUGAAUACAUGGCCUGGUGUUAAACUGAGAGUAACGGAAGCGUGGGAUGAAGAUAACCAUCAUUGUAAAGACUCUCUCCAUUAUGAAGGUAGAGCUGUAGACAUAACAACCAGCGACAGAGACCGGUCAAAAUAUGGAAUGUUGGCACGUUUAGCUGUGGAAGCAGGUUUUGAUUGGGUGUUUUAUGAAUCACGUGGUCAUAUCCAUUGUUCUGUCAAAUCAGAAUCGUCUGCUGCAAAUAACAUUGGAGGAUGUUUCAGUGGUGAAUCUUCUAUCCAAUCAGAAACAAGAGGAUAUGUUCAAAUGAAAGAUCUACAUACGGGAGAAAAGGUGUUAAGUAAAGCAGUUGAUGGGGUUCCAGUUUUUAGUGAAGUCAUCUUGUUUCUGGAUAAAAACAGUCAGAAGCAGGCCACAUUUAUUCAUAUUGAAACAGAGGAUCAUUUUUCACUUGAAAUCACAGACAAGCAUUUAAUAUACGUAUCAAAAACAAACUAUUCGGAUGACUUUUCCUCGGCAUAUGCCGAAGAGGUCCAAGUGGGCCAAUUUGUGUUAGUUUCGAACAUUUCAAACAAUUUUAUACCGUCAAAAGUUGUUGCAUUAACAAAAAAGACAUCAAGUGGAGUGUACGCCCCACUGACGAUAGAGGGUAAUAUUGUUGUAGACGGUGUACUCACUUCCUGUUAUGGUGUCAUGAAUAAUGAAGUUAUAGCGCAUGCGGCUUUUGCCCCCGUUAGAGCGGUACACUGGAUACUGCAAUACAUAUCAUAUCCAUACGCAAUAGACAUUGAUUCUGAGGGAGUCCACUGGUAUGCCGAUGCGUUAUAUAAUAUUGGAACACAUUUUUUUGAUAAAAGUGUCCUGUAUAGAGUAUGAAAAAAAACCAAUGUAAACAUUUGGAAAUAUUUUGUGAUAAUUUAUUUUUAAAUUAUUGUUCAUACCAAGAACAAAGUGUUAUUUGUACAAAGACAAGUUCAUUUUGAAUUUAUUUAUUGCUUCAAGGUGCCUGUCCAAUAUUUAAUGUGCUGUUACGAUUGUAUGCUUAAAACGGGUAAUUUGAUGCAACAUGCCCGAUAUAACUAAGUUUAGUUAAAUACAUAUCCGUGGGCAUCAGAAUCUCAUUCUUUCAAAUUGAAGAUAUUAUAGGGUACCAUGAAAGUGAGAAAGUAAAAAAGUCAUAUGGAAGAAGUAGAAUUCUGAUGUGUACUAAAAAAAAGUGUACACGGUCAAAUUUAUUAGUCUAAGUUUUUUUUUUCUUUCAAAAUUUCAUGUUUUCCAUUAAUUAUUAAAAUUAAACAUAAUAAAGGUAGGUUUGAACAUAGCAUGCUUUUUAUCGAACUAAAAAUCGGACGCUAGAUUUUAGAUAGCCGGAUUAUAUACUUAAAUUUUACAAUAACAUUGAUUGUUUAUUUUCUCGUUAAAAAAAAGGUCAUAAAAAAAAUUUAUUUGAUGUUUAUGUAGAAAUUGAACAGACCAGAAAAAGGUCAAUGGUGCAAAAGUAAAUCAGAAUAAAAAAAAAUAUAAUUGUUCAUACACGGUCUUUUCCUAGUUGCUGAAAAUGGCCCGUUUGUAGUAUAUAAAAUAUUGCAUUGUUAAGUUUUGUGAUAUGUCGUAUAGUAUUUGUUUAACAUUGUAAAUAUUUGUUCAUUCUUAUUUUGUUAUAGCUUAUAUGAUAUCGAUGAAAGGGUGUACUACAAAUGGCUGAAUUUAUUAAUUCCGCCAUUUAUGUUUUUUUUUGCACCAGUUGGCAGUAUGGUGCAAAGAACAUGUCUACUUUAUGAAAAUGUGAUGACUUCAGUCAUUCCAGUGAAUUAACAUUUAUACUUUUUUUUUUUUUUAUCAUAAUUUUUUCCAUAUUUUUUUCCCUUAAUUAUUGUGUGUUUUUUUUUUAUUAUUAUUUAUGAUAAUUCUUUUAACCUUUUUUUUUUUUAUAAAUUUAUGAAACACAUUCCAUUAUAAAUAUAACUUUCAGCAAAAAAAAGUUCGAAGAAAAGUAACUCUUGUUGGUAUUACUUAAUAUUUACAAGAGGAAUUUAUUCCUUAGCUUCAUCUUUCAACUUUUUUUUGUGUACGUACGAUAUCUAAAACUAAGUGCAUAUUGCAUGACCGUUUUCUUGUUUGGAGGGGCAAAAACGUCUUAAAUGUAUAUAGGAUCAAGUUGUCCCAUCGUAUGAGAGGUUAAAUUAUAGAAUGAAAGUUAAACUAGCUAACGACUUUUGAUUUAUUUUCAAAUUAUAAAUACUAACUUUUUUCAAAUGUUGAAGCAAUAACCCUUUUAUGAUUUAGAUUUCGAAAAUUUGCUAAAACUUGAAACUUGAAAAUAUCUGUUUAAUGCACGUGUCUUUUGUCGCUGAAAAUUUCAAAUUUUCAAAAUUAUGGUGAAUUAUAGUACACAUAAAAUUGAGAAUGGAAAUGUGGAAUGUGUCAAAGCGACAAUAACCCGACCAUAGAGAAGACAACAGCAUGCAUUGCCAUCUAUGAUUGCAUCUAUUUCAAAUCUAUUUCAAACAAAAAUAUGCCAGUUUGCUAUAAUAUUGAUAACUAAAUCUUAAAACAUAAGUACAACAAAUAUGUCAAUAUCAUGUUUAAAACUUAUUUUCAUCAUACAUUUACCUUUAUAUAUUAUUGUGCAAUAGAGAUACGAUUUUCAUUUUUUUCAUAUCAUAUGUUUUGUGACUAUAUUUAGUUAUAUUAGGUACACAUUAGAAUAUUACCUUCUUGCAAUGAAAAUGUUAAAUAAUUUCAUUUAUUCAAUUUUCCCUUUUCUCUCUUUUACUACAAAAUUAGAAGAUUCUAUAGCUGUAUCUGUAUCUUUACACAACACAUAUCAAUGGUGCGCUUUUAAAUAAUAUGGUGCAAAGUUGAUGUCAAGCCACAUCAAUUUAACAUUUUUUUAGUGCUUUAGUUUGAUCUCUUUUUUAGGUGCUGAAUUUGCAUUUAUCACUGUCGCAAAACUGGCAAAAUAAUUUACAAAUACAUUUUAUUGAUUGAACAAUUGCUCUAGCAAAGUUGUAAGUAAAGUAGAUUGUCUUUUGUUGAAAAUAAA